UUGCACUGGUUUGAUCGUGGGAAUUCAUGCAUGUGUACGCUGUGCCUAUCCGUUUCUAGCCUUUGUUCGUUUGCCGUCUUCCUUUCGUCGGUCGGCAAGUGCACUGUGAGUGUACCGGCUGAAGAGUUUUUUCUAUGAGCGCGUGCCAGGCCAAAGGCUGAGCUCUGUUGUUAGUUGUGUUUUUCAAGUUUAUUCUGUUUCAGGGCAGCGCAGAACUAGUAUUUUAGUAGAGUUGGCCCAGCGUUCACCUCUCUCUCUCUCGCUCUCUCUCUCUAUGUGACUUGUGAGCCUCUGUCAGUUUCGGGACGCGCGUCUGCAGCGCGCUUGCGAAAGGAAGAUGGUUGUCUUCCGUGUGUCGACUGUGUUGGUCUUCGCACUUUCCGCGUUAGCACCUGCGUGCUGGGCGCAGAACGAUCUCAUCAGUUCGCUUGACGACACGUUCAAGAACGAACGUUGCGAGCCACUAGACGCUACGCAAGUGGCUACGUGCAGAGACGUUGGAUACAACUCGACUCUCCUCCCUAAUCGGCUUGGACAUAAUACACAAAAGGAUGCGGGUCUGAUAGCUAAUCAGUAUUUCCCUUUGAUCGAGGUCAACUGCUAUGAUAAGCUGCAAUUCUUCGUUUGUGCCGUGUAUCUGCCGAUGUGUUUGCCCGAUUAUCCCCAGUAUCUACCCCCAUGUCGCUCCAUUUGCUUGCAAGCUAAGUCGAAGUGCGAGCCCCUCAUGCAGCAGUUUGGUUUCCACUGGCCCGAAGAUCUGAGGUGUGAUAAGUUUCCAGAGUCGUCGACAGAUGACCAACUGUGUGCGGGCAAUGAUACUCUUCCUCCUCGUCCGACGUCCCGACCAGGUUUGAACCUGAUUGGUGGUACGGCAAGACCGAUCGGAGGCAUCGCAACGACGGAUUUGCCCGCGACACGGCCACCAUACAACAAGAAGAGAAUACCUUGCGGACAACAGCACUUUUACCGCAAGGAGGAUCGUGAUACAUCGCGCUAUUGGGUUGGUGUUUGGGCAACGUUGUGCUUCUUGUCGAGCGUGUUGGUUGUGGCAACGUACUGCAUCGAUCGUGAGCGCUUCAACUACCCAGAGAGACCUGUCAUCUACUUGGCAGGAUGUUACGUUAUGUUCUCGUUCGGCUACCUGGUCAGCCUGAUGGUGGGCGACAACAUUGCAUGCGCCGACGGCUAUGCUGUACAGCCCGACGAGGCCGGCGCCGGCUGCAUCAUCGUAGCCUUCCUGCUCUACUUCAGCUGGAUGGCGGCGGCGCUGUGGUGGGUGACUCUGGCCUUCACCUGGUUUCUCGCCGCCUCACUCAAGUGGGCACCAGAGGGUAUUGGCAAGCACUUCUUCAAGUACCAUGUCUUCUCCUGGGGCGUUGCCAUCGUGCAAACUGUUCUGCUCAUGGCCCUGAAGAAGGUCGAUGCCGACGAGUUGACUGGCGCCUGCUUCGUGGGCUACUUUGACGAUAAGUCGUUGGCCGGGUUUGUUAUUGGCCCCCUGUGUGUCUACCUCAUCAUUGGCGCACUCCUCUUCCUGUACGGAUUCAUGUCUCUGGUCAAUAUUCGCAGUGUUAUCAGACAGUCAGCCGGCGGCCACCGCACGGAUAAGCUGGAGAAGCUGAUGGUGCGUGUUGCCGUCUUCUCCAUUCUGUAUGCAAUCCCCACCGCCGUUGUCCUCGGCUGCCUGUUUGUGGAGCACAGCGAGAAGCCCAGCUGGAAGUAUCCCAUGGACGGUUCGUGCAAUGCCGGCUACCCUGGACCUGCGGAGGGUUCGAAUUGCGAUGGUGUGCCUGCAAAGCCAGCCCUAUUCAUGCUGCGGCUCUUCAUGGUAUUGAUUGUAGGCCUGGCGUCGGGCAUUUGGAUUUGGUCGACAAAGACACUGGAGUCAUGGGGCCGGCGUUUUGGUCGCUCUAACAGUGCCCGUGCCCAGUACCAGGCCACUCGCAUUCGCUCCGACAGCAGCACCGGAGGCCACAACUCGCACGUCCCAUCGGCCAUGACGUCAAUGACUGGCGUAACACCCAGUAUCAACACGUCGAACUCAGGCAUGCCCAUGCACCAGUCCAUGCACAUGUACCCACAGAUGCAGCAGGCGCAGUACAUCCCCGGUGGCUACUGAAGUGCAGGGACGGCAUAGUGUGUGGGUGUGUGGAUGCCGACUUACUUGUGAGAGCAUGCGGGUGCGUUGGGGCGCUGAGCAGUCACCCAUUCAACUGUACAUGUACAUGGGAAGUAAGUUCAAAGUAACGUCCAUUGAGUUCAUGGAGUGGCUACCGGGUGGCAUGCGCCAGUGUAUCAUGAGUGCAGUUUUUGCUCUUCUUCGGUCGGUCUAGGCUGUGCAGUGACUGGAAGUCUUCACCUGAAUGCAGCAGCUUCUCUGGGUUUGUCCAGUCAUGGUGCUUGACUAUGAGCGAGCAGGACAUCUUCAUAUGCAACUGGUCUAUUUACGAUUCCCUCCACCGGAGCUAACCCGCAGUCAUCCUACUGCAUGCACCCAGCCUUCCCUGUUUUCUUCCUCUCUGUUCCGAGUCUAUUCAUCUUUCUAUUAGCAACAACAGCCCCUGGCAUGACCAGGGAGCUGGCACCCCAACAGAUUUCUUUUGUUCCAGGCAUGCUUUCUUUGACUGUAACAAUUUCUAUAUUUGAAUGCUGUUCAUUUGCUUUCUCUUUUGACGAGAGAUUAUGGAAUAUGACAAUGUGACUUCUGGCCAAAGAGAAAUCAUACUAUGAUUGUACAGAUUGUCUAGUUUCACUGACUGCAAUCCCCCUAUUACGCACUUUCCUUGUAGACUGUUCUCCACGUCGUCUGGGAAACAAAUCGGGCUCGGCAAGGCAGCACUAGGGAGCCCACUACUACUAGAAAGAGGUUACCACUGAUUGUGCUGUUGUGUUAUUUUGGCUUCUUCUCAUUUUCUACCCAUGCUUUGUUCAUACUCUGUGCAAGCGAAUGCCGUGCUUGAAGCGUGCUGCUGAUAGCCGAAUACAUAGUAACGGGCAGAUUGCUUGUAGCCAGCUGGUCGAGGGUUCUGUUACUUUUGUAUAUUGACUACUCUAUUUUUACUUGUUCCUCAGUAUCAGCCUUGAUGAGCUUAGAGUGCCUGGCCGACUUGCGCUGCCAAUAUACAUACCAAGUAAUGCUGGA